GAGUACUGCGCUGUGUAGAGCAAUGACAAUAUGCAUUAUUAGAUUCCUUAGGUAUUAGGUAGAUAGAUAGGUAGAUAUCAAGACACUUACUUUACUGUGCUCCACAAAGCCGCUUUGUCUUGGUGACAUACCAGUGGUUCCAGAAUAUGUGUAUUUCUGUGUUUUCCAAGUGAAACUACGUUUUAUUUAAAUCAUAUCAACGAAUCCAUCAUAAAUAUUAUGUUGGUGAUUUAUAAACAGACACAAACACAAUGAACUAGCUUGCCAGUUGUGCUAAUUUAAUUCCAAUGCAUGACGAUUUGGAUGACCAAGCGGGGGAUAUCUGGGCUCGUUUGAAGCCGAAGGAGCCGCUGCCUUCCCAGUGCUGCGGCAGUGGCUGUCAUCCUUGUAUCUUUGACAUUUACCAAAAAGAAUUUGAGAAAUGGACCCGCGCUAAAGCUAACGGGGAUCCCUCACUUCUUACAAGCUACAGUCAGCAGAAAAAAGAGCUCGUUACACUGAGUCCGGAUUCGUUCACUGCCUUUGAGCUGGAGUCGAUUGAAGUUUUAACGGAGGACACGAAUCUCUACAGACUCAAGCUGCCAACUGGUGGCGGUCUAGCACUAGGAUUGGGACAGCACCUCGUGCUGAGGGGUGUUGUCGACGGUCUAGAGCUUCAGAGAGCAUAUACCCCCAUUAGUCCAGUCAACGCGGAGGGGUACUGUGAAUUUCUGAUCAAGCUCUACAAAGAUGGCUUCAUGUCCUGUUACAUCAGGAACUGGAAGCCAGGAGAUUUUAUAGAGUGGCGGGGGCCAUUUGGAGGUUUUCCCUAUAAGUCAGGCAAGUAUGGACAGCUUCUGCUGAUCGCUUCUGGCACUGGGAUUGCACCCAUGAUCCCACUGCUACAGGCCAUCACCGAUGAUGAGGACGAUGAAACCUUCGUCAAGCUGGUUGGCUGCUUCAAAAGCUACAAAUACAUCUACAUGAAAGAGUUUCUUCAGGAGCAGUCUCACUUUUGGAAUGUCACUACAUAUUUUGUGCUCAGCGAGGAGAAGAGUCGUGAAAACCUGCCCUGGAGUUAUCGGGACAAAACCCAUCUGGGCAGACUGGAUUUUGAGCUGGUGGACACUUUGGUGAAGUCUUGUCAGAAACCGCCUUUUGCUGUCAUAUGUGGCUCGGUAGAAUUUAAUAAUGAUGUGUUCGAUCUGCUAAGAAGAGCUGGACUUGAUGAAGACUCCUGUUUCAGGUUUUAGUUAUGCAAUCCAAAUAUUUCACAUUUGGAAGCAGGGGAGGGCGGACCUCCACAAUCAAGAGACUCCAGACUGUGCUAAUUGAGUAUUAUGGCACUUUGUAAUGCAUAUUUGUAAUACACAUGUUGAUUAAAAGCAAACACACCCAAAAUGCCACAACAUGCCAGUUUAAAAUCCCUUAAAAAUGGAUCCAUGACAAACAAUGCCUACAGAUCUGUUUUUAUGUUAAAACCAGCAAACGAUUUAGGCCUAAGAAACCAAGUGAGGUGAGCUGUGCACUUAUGUGUACUUGACUGCACAUCAACUAACUUCUUAAUUAGUAACAUACAUAUACAGCCUACCUGACUUCCCAUGUUGUCUAUAGCCAAUACUAGGGGUUGCUUAACAAUUUCAUUGUAUUUUUUAAUGCCAUGCACAUUGUGCAGUAAGCGCAUGGAUGUCUGUUUUCCUAAUGGAUGGUGCUAAUGUACUGUUAGGCUCUUUCGAAGCCAAUAGCAUUGCUACAGAAGCUUGUAGCAUGUGCUCAGGAUUGUUUUCCACCUGUUAGCCUUAUAAUCAUGUGCAAGGCUAGAUAACUCUAUGCAGAUGGUAUCUAUACAGUCAAUAAAAACCGUCUGCAGAAAUAGUGUGCAGUGGAACCUGAAAAUAA